GUCUUUCAGCGUCCCUCGGCGGCGCCACCGUCAACCAACCCCCGCAGUUCGAUUGGAAGCACCGGCCGGCGUCGGCGGAAGCCGCGUUGCUCUCUCACGUUACGAUCGUCGUUCAUUCGUGCUCUUUCUCUCUCUCUCUCUCUCUCUUUCUCUCAGCACACAUACUUAUAUAUAUAUAUAUAUCUACAGAGAGAUACACACACAAACACACACACACUGUUAUACACGGAUUCACUUUUACUCGCUACAUCUAUAUAUCUUUCUCUGUCUGUCUAUUUCUCUUUCUCUGUCUCUUUCUCCUCUCUUUCUCUCUCUUUCUCUCUCUCUAACUUAUAGCGUUCUUAUCGGAGUCACGAGAAAGUCUUCGCGUCGUACGUUUUCUAUCUGUUCGUCUGUCUGUCUGUCUGUCUGUCUGUCUGUCUGUCUGUCUGUCGGUCUGUCGGUCUGCCUCUCUGUCUGUCUGACCGUCUGUCUGACUCCGCUCUGUGAGCCCUUUACUCGCGUGAACGUUUAUUCUUCGCAUUUCAUGCGAACGCGCUGUUCGAAGCUGUGCGUCUCGGGUAAAAAGCAAGCACCCUAGAGAUAGUGCUCCAAGAGAAGUACGAAUAGGAAGUGAAAGAAUAAGAAGAAGAAGAAGUACAAGAAAAAGAAGAAGAAGAAGAAGAAGAAGAAGAAGAAGAAGAAGAAGAGUUCAACGCGCAUGUGUUUAAAGAGUUUCGAUCGACGUUACACGGUUUCCCUUCGAGACACUCGACCCUAGUGACUGAAAGCAACGAAAGAGAUAAAGAGAAAGAGAGAGAGAGAGAGAGAGGGUGAGAAAGAGAAGAAAAACAAGGAAGGAAAGAAGAAAGAAGGAGAAAAAAAAAGGAAGAAAUAAAUAAGGAAGACAGGAAGGAAGGAAGGAAGGAAGGAAGGAAGGUGUCCUAUCAACUGACACGUGUGCUGUGUGUUUGUAUAUACGUGUUUUUUUUUAUAUCUCUGUGUGUGUUUUCAAACUCUCUCUCUCUCUCUUUCUCUAUCCAUCUAUCUAUCUAUCUAUCUGUGUUUUCCUGGACGUCCAUUUUAAACUGAAGAGGAAGAAGAAGAAGAAGAAGAAGAAGGAGAAGAAGAAGAAGGAGAAGGAGAUCGGACAAGAGUCACGGUUACGAAGGUGCAAAAGAGAAGGAAGAGAAGAAAGAAGAAAAAAAACGAAGGGUGGCGAAGUGAGAGAGAAAGAGAGAGAGAGAGAGAGAGAGAGAGAAAGAGCGUGAGCAAGCGAGCGAGGAGAAGAGAGGAGAGGAGAGGAGAGAAAGGAAAAAAGUUUUCUGAAGCGUUCGCGAACGCCUCUUCUUUUCAGUGUGUUUAAAACCGUCUCGACGAGCUUACGGUGGAAUAAAAAGAGAGCGAAGGAACGAUCGAUCCAAAGAAAGAAAGGGCCGUGCAUGUUUAGCUGUGGACUAUGGCAAGGAUCCGUAGUCACCAGACUAUCAUGAUUCUCGGUUAUCUCGCGAUCGGCAUAGUGCUCGCGCAGAAUCCUGUCGACGAGAAGACGACCUUCGAGGCUGCUUUUCAAGGAAGAUGCGGGCGUAGAUCUCCCUGCGAGCAUCUUUGCUACGAACUUCACGACGGGAUGUAUGAAUGUGACUGCAGGGACGGCUACAUACUUCAUAAGAAUGGAUAUAGUUGUGCCGAACUCAAUGCGACGUCACCGUCUACCAGCGAAUUCGGAGAACUCGUCGACGAUAUGGAGAGAGACGAAUUGAACUUAGAAACGGACGAGGACGAAGAUGCGGUCGAAGAUAUUCUUUAUAUGCGUGGUGCAUCGUUCACGAUACAUCUGGAUCAACCGAACGAGAACUCGACGACAAAUGGAACAAAAGUGAACGGGCAAUUCAAUGGGACGUCCAAUACGCCGGACUUUGGUCUUCCUACCGUUUCUCUUCAGAUACCAAGCACGACGCGAAAGUCAUCAACGAAAUCGUGGUCAACGAGCGAGCUAGGUAGUAGUACUAUAGCAAGUACCGAAGCAACCUGUACCUUGGAUUGUGGACCCGGUAAUUGUUUCGUUGAGCCGUCCCUCGAUGAAGACAUUCGGGUGGUAUUAGUUGCCGAGAGAAAUGGAAGCAACGAGGAUGGAUCGAUGACUAUGGAUCUCGAGGGCAACAGCGUAGCUCUUAGACAGCAGAAGGAAGGCAACUCCUUCAGGCAGAGGUGUCAAUGCCCUCUUGGUAGAGGCGGCGAUCGAUGUCAGCUUGAAAUCGAAGUGAGAUCACCGAGGUUUACGGGAUCAGGUUGGUUGGCAUUUCCAGCGCUAAGGGCGGCUUACAAGCACGUACAAUUAGAGUUAGAAUUUCGGCCGGAAGCAUGGGACGGUGUAUUGCUUCUUGCUGGCGAACGAGACGAUCUCCAAGGUGAUUUUAUGGCCCUUAUAUUGCAUCACGGUUUUAUCGAGUUCAGGUUCGAUUGCGGAAGUGGCGCGGGUACCGUGAGAAGCACGCAAACGGUGAAGCUCAACGAGUGGAACACUUUGAGCGUCUAUCGGCAUCGUUGGGACGCCUGGAUACAGCUGAAUCAGGAAAAGCGUGUGCAAGGAAGAUCGGAGGGCUUAUUUUCGAGGAUUACCUUCCGCGAGCCCCUCUUCGUUGGUGGACCGGGAAAUACGAGCGGCCUCGAGAGGCUCCCAGUGAGAACUGGAUUCAAGGGUUGCAUCCGACAUUUGGAGGCGAACGAGCACCGUUACCGUUUCCCCUUGGCACCCCAGGGUGACGCAGCCAAUGGUUUCGACGUUGAGGAAUGCACGGCAGAUAGGUGCAGCAAAGUGCCAUGCGCUCAUGGUGGAAAAUGUCUGACAACCGGGGGUGACACUGCAGUGUGUCUCUGUCCUCUUGGAUACACCGGUGAUCUCUGUGAGACUAGAGUAGACCUUCAGGUACCAUCGUUUAAUGGGUCAUCCUAUUUACGUUAUCCAGGACUAGGUGAUACUUCACUCUCCUGGUUAGAAUUAUCUGUGACCUUAAAGCCUACGGCUUCCGACGGUGUAAUCAUUUACAAUGGGCAUCACAGCGAUGCUUCCGGUGAUUUUAUCGCACUUUAUCUUUCUUCGGGAUACGUACAUUUCACCUUCGAUUUAGGAACUGGAGCAGCUACCCUAAGAAGCGACAGCCCAGUUCAUUUAGGGGAAUGGUUAGAAAUCAAAGUGUCGAGGACUGGUCGUUUGGCGUCCCUCAAAGUCGAGGACGAUCCGCUACGAGAGAUUUUGGCACCAGGCGCAUACACGCAAUUAUUUUUACCAUUGAAUCUGUAUCUCGGUGGUGCACCAUCACCCGAUCUCUAUUCGCUCAAACUUAAAACAACGAGCAGCUUCGUCGGUUGCAUUCAAAGCGUCAUUCUUAAUCGGCGCGAGAUCGGUAUCUUGGCUGAGGCCUUGGGUGGUAUGAACGUUGGAAAUUGUGGUCACGCCUGCGAGGCCAGGCCUUGCGGAGACGCUGAAUGUCGACCUCUGCGAGAUCGAUUCACCUGUCGAUGCCAUGCCGGUGUACCCCAUCCAUGCCCAGCUUUGGAUGAUUAUACGUUGUUAACGUCGGUGCGUGGUAAUAACGUCAACGUACCACCACCGACGAUAUUUAAAAAUUCUGUGCCUAGUUUUACUGGAAGCGAAAGUUAUCUUCAUUAUAAUGACGCUGACACUAUGAAGAGGAUAAUAAGCUACAGAGUGGAUAUCAAUAUGAGAUUCCGAGCGAGUAGUAGCAGUGGGUUGUUACUUUGGAGCGGUCGACAUUCGGAGCCUCAGGAACAGAAGGACAAAAACGACGAUUUCCUUGCUCUUGGUUUGAAUCAGGGUUAUUUGACAUUGGCGUAUAACCUUGGCUCGGGCGAAGCUAUCUUGAGAUACAAUCUUACGAGGUUGGACGACGAUUUGUGGCAUCGUGUUAGAGCAGUCAGAAACGAGCAAUGGGCGUCGCUCGUAGUGGACAGUGGUACAGGCGUAUCGGCAUCGUCGCCAGGUCAAUUGAGACAAUUAAACACGGACACAGGAUUAUACGUAGGUGGUGCGCCAGAUAUCGUAAAGACAACAGGUGGAAGAUACACGAAGGGAAUCGUAGGAUGCAUCAGCGAUCUGAUAUUAGACUCGGAUUUGUCGGUACCAUUGUCGUCACCGGGACAAGCGACCAAUACGCAUUCGUGCAUUCCUUGAAAGAGAACCAUGCCGUUCACCUUCGAAAUGGUAGGGCCUUUCGUAGACUAUAUUUAGGAUAUGAAAAGAAUUUAUUACCAAAACAUACUUGACUCGACUUGACUCGACUUGAGUUAACUCGACUUGACUUGACUUGACUUGAAUUGACUUGACAUGACGACGACAAGGAGUCAAGGUCAAAGUAUUACGACCAUAACGGAGCUCUCUCUUUCUGUCUCUCUUUCUCUCUCUCUUUCUCUCUCUCUCUUUCUCUUUCUCUGUCUAUCUCUGUUUUCCUCAUUUUUAUAAUUCUUUAUCGCACGUAGAGAGCUUCUGAUCUGAAAUAUCUAUCCAGCUAGAAUUAUAUGCAAAAAAGUAUAAUAUGUUUGACGCGUCGAUAUUAAAUAAAAAAAAAAGAAAUAAAAAAAUAAAAAAAAAUAUAUUAUAUAUGUAUAUAUAUAUAUAUAUGGUCGUAAUACUUUGACACCCGUCGAUCGUCUAGCUAUUUAUUUAUUUUUUUAUAUUCUCCGUGAUGACUUCCUAUUGGUCCGGUUUUAAAAAACCAUAGUUACCAAAACGUCAAAUCCACGGAGCUAUUAUUUUCUUGUUUUCUUUUCUGUCAUAUCUCGUUUCUCCUUUCAUUAUCUUUCUUUUUUAUUUCUUUAUUUUCGUUUUCGAUUUUUGUUCUCUUUCUUUUUUCGUUCCUUGCUUUCUCCCUUUGACGUAAUACUCCUUCGAGAAUGAUCGCGUUGAUAAUACGAGCAGCAAGUUUGUUAGAUAAGGAUCGUGAACGUUUCGUAACGGUAAAAGGACACGAACAUUCGAACUACACUUCAAACUACAACUUUCUGGUACACGAGGCGCAAGGGUUCGUGGGCCUAAUAAAAAAAAAAAAAAAAAAGAUAGAAAGAAAAAAGAAAAAAAAAAGGAAAAAAAGGAAGAAUAAAUAAAAAAUAAAUAGAAGAAAAAAAGGAAAAAGAAUAUAAGCAAGGAAAAGAGGAAAAUUGGAAGAGGAAUAAUGAAAUAAUACGGUGUAGGCAGGACAGAGAAAUCCCUCCAAUGUCAAUUUUUAUUAAACGCCCUCGUACACCGGUAAAGGUAAAGGAUACUUCGAUGAAGAUGAAGAAUAAACGAAGGAAGAGGAUGAAUGAGAACGAACGAGAAAAGUAAAGUCAAGAAAAAUAAUUAAAUAGAACAAGGAAGAAUAAAAAAUACUCGCGUCGUUUCAGGGUCAUCGAAUACAUACAUAUAUAAAUACAUAUAAUACAUAGAAAUAUAUGUAUAAUAUAUGUUUGUGUGUGUGUGUGUUUAUGUGUGUGUGUGUGUGUGUACCUGUAUUUGACAGAAUAGAAUUUUUCUUGGCACGUACAUACACAUACUUACGUAUAUACAUAGGUACGUACGUAUUGCCAGUUAUAUUCCACACACACCAACGACGAUGAUAACGAUUACGAUUACGAUAACGACGACUACGAUUAUGAUUAUGAUUAUGAUUAUGAUUAGGGCGACUAUGACGACGACGAUGAUCUUUUUAUCGACGUAGAAUUUUUACGACACAAAUUUUCAUACCGAUUAAGAAGGGUAUACACCUACAUAAACGCGUUCAUAGUUCUUCGUACAUAAAUGAAUAAAUAGAUGCAUACAUACAUACAUACAUAAAUACAUACAUACAUACAUACAUACAUACAUACAUAGAUACAUACGUACGUACGUACGUACAAGUACAAUUUUUUCGGUUUUAUAACGUUUAAUGAAGCGUGUCAUUGCGAUCGCUCUAAUCGCCGUUUAACGAAGAAAAGUAAAAGAAAAUAAUAUAAAGAAAAGAAAAACAAGGAAAGAAACAACAAAGAUCCUGAUCCGUGUAGGAGAAAAUAUAUAUUACUAUAUACAUACACGAUGGACCAAAAAAUAUUCGAUCAUCCCAGCAUCGGAAUGAUAGAUGGAAUAAAGAUCGGUGAUUACGUUUACGAGAAAGAGAAGGGGAUAGUUCGUUGUCGAUACUAUUAUAGAAAGAAAAGAGAGAGACAUAAAAAGAAAAAAAAAAAAGAAAAAAGAGAAAAAAAAUAAAUAAAUCGCGUCCGCGAAAUAAACGUGUUCUCAAAGGAAUUCAAUUUUUUCUAUUUUUUUUUUUAUAUUCAUUUCUUUAUUUAUAAUCGUUAAUCGAAAAGAUAAAAACGAAUUCCCUCGCAGAAAUAAAUAGAUAAGUAAGCUUUCAACGUUUCUGAUGACAUUUUUUUGCAAUUCUCUUUUUUUUUUUUUAAGCUACUCCGCAGAACGUACUACUUCUUUAUUUUUACUUUCUUUUUUGUUCUAUUAUUUUUUUUGCUUCUCAAUAGUACGUACAAACGCGCGCAUCAUUCAUAACAUCGAUUGUAACGUAUCGCGAUAUACGUAUAUACAUAAUAAAUAAUUAAACGAAAUAAAAAAUGCGUGUGUAAUAAAAAUGGAAACGUAUUCUCUCUCUCUCUCUCUCUCUCUCUCUCUCUCUCUCUCUCUCUCUCUCUCUCUCUCUCUCUCUGUCUCUCUCUGUCUCUCUCUCUCUCUCUCUCUUCUAUCUAUCUAUCUAUCUAUCUAUCUAUCUAUCUUUCUUUCUCUGUUAGUGAGAGAGUAUAAGAAAUAAAAAUAAAAAAAGAAUAAAAAAAAAGAAAAAGAAAGAAAGGAAGGAAAGAAGGAAGGAAGAAAGAAAAGAAUAAACGAAAUGAAACGUAAAACGAAAUUAGUUUCGUUCGUAUCCUCCGAUCAAUUCGUGUACUCGAAAGUUUUCUAGAUCGAAUCGCUGUUGCUCAUAAUGAUUUGAACGAAAAUGAUGAUGACGAUUAGAGAACUGAUCCUAGAUUUAUUUAUUCGUAGACUUACUAGGUGUAUAUAUAUAUAUAUAUAUAUAUAUAUAUAUAUAUAUAUAUACAUACAUAUAUGUAUAUAUACAUGUCUCAUAUCAACGAAUGGAACAAUGACGAUGGACAAGGAUUUUAAAUAAACACCGACGCAUAUGUAUGUUGUAUAGUUAUAUAUCACACACGUACAUAUAUGUACGAUCCAUUGAGCUGACUUAGAAUUAAGUCAGUUCUUAUUCGAACAGCAGGAAACUUAAUAAAAGCAAUCGGCUGGUAUGUCAAUUUUUGUACGAUUUAAUGUUGAUUUCUGUUAACUAUACGUAUUCGAUAUAGUAUAUCAAAAAGUAGAAUCAUAUAGUAUAAUUAACGUAGAGAAAUUAAUGGGAAAAUUAUCGAAAAAAAAGAAAAAAAAAUAAUAAAUAUUAUUUAUAUAUACAUACACAUAUAUAUAUAUAUAUAUACAAAUAUAUAUGUAUGUAUAUAUACGUACAUACACACAUGCACACAUACACGCGUACACAGACACACAAAUACACGCACAUAUAUAUAUACGAAUAAAAUACGUGAGAAUCGAUCGUACGAGUAAAAACUCGCGACUACAUUAGUCGUACUCCUGCAUACAUAUGCAUACGUUUAAAUUGUAAUGGAGUAAAUAAAAAAGAGGAAAAAGGAAAAAUAAGAAAAAAGGAUGAUUACGUCGUAAAUGUUACAAACGCAUUUUUUUUUGCACGCACGCAUGCACGCAUACGUACACACGCGCGCGCGCGCCCGAGAGAAAGUAAAUAUACAUACAUACAUACCAUAAGUAUUCGCCUUCGUCGUUUCUUACAUGAUUUACGCAUUUUUCGCGUUAUUUUGAUAUAAACAAAAUUGAGGGCGAAUAAGGGGAAGGGAGUUGGAUUAAGGUAGGGAGGAAGGGAGAAUUUGUUACGAUCGAUCCGAACACACAAUUUUGAUCGUGAAGUCGAACGUCCUAUAGCGCUUUUCUUCGUUUGCCUCUCACGUCUCUACCAUACUUAUAUACAUAAUAUAUAUGUAAAAAAAAAGAAGAAAAAUGGAAGGAAAAAGAAAAAAAAAGGUUCACCUUUAUAUUCAUACUGAAAAAAAUGUGGUUCCUAGAAUAUCAUAAUAUUAACUAUAUAGUAAUAUUACUAUGUGAACACACUUUGUUAUGUUGGCGAUUGACGAUCGAAAAUUACAUACGUACAUACAUAUUGGUUGAACACGUGUAUUCGAACUUGGAUCUCUUCGAGAGAAUCGCAGGAUCAAAAAUAAAAAUAAUAUAUAUAUUUAUAUGUAUAUAUAUAUGUGUAUGUGUAUGUGUAUAUAUAUACAUAUACAUAUAUUUAAGCAUUUUAUAUAUGGCUAAAAUCUGUCCGCCUGUUAUUGUCGUUAAAAACGUGCACAUAACGAAAAAUCGCUUAUCUCUCAUUAUUAUAUAUAUAUAUAUGUAUGUAUGAUAUGUAUAUAUAUACACAUCACGACGUAUAAAGGAUAUUAAUAAUCCUUGUAAUAAGCUCGCACAGAAAAAGAGUAAAAAAAAGGACAAAUUUACGUACGUACGUACGAGAGAGAAGCGAUUGUUAAAAUACUUUAGAUUAAGUCGCAUUCGGAUUUAAUUAUUAUUAUAGUUUAUCCGAUAAACAUAUAGUAUGUGUAUGUGUAUAUAUUUUAUUAGUUUACAAGGAUUUACAGAAUUUCAUCGAACGUUCUAAUUUAUAUGCAAAAACGAAAAUGGUAUGUUGCGACGCCUGAAAAUAGGCAAUCGAAAAACACAACUCACUCUACUAGUUUCAGUCGAUGUUGCAGAUUUGCCCCUGGGUAUAGUCAACCCUCGUACGCGCGUGUACGCAAACAAACUCCGUGCCAGUUUGUUAGUUCGAAAUCAACGCCGCGUAGAACGAUCAAACAUAGCGAGGUAACUUUGUAAAUUUGGUGAAACAUUUUUAUGCGACAAUACGUUUUAACGAAACUAAACAAAUUCAGAAAAUGUUUCUUCUUUUCUUUUUUUCUUUUUGCUUUUCUUUUUCUCGCUUUUCCUUUUUUUUUUUAUUUUCUUCUUUUUUUUGUAUAACUAUGUACAAGAUUAUUAGGGAAACUUGUUGAUUCAUCUAAUUUCAAUGGUAAAUCUUUUUUACGUACAAUCAGUUUCGUUUAAAUACUCUCGAUGCAGAAUCAAAAAUGAAGAGAAUUAAUGAAGAAAAUAAAUAAAUAAAUAAAUAAAUAAAUAAAAGGAGAGAGUUAAAGUGCUCGUUUGUUAACGCUCGUAAAAUUUACUUCUAGUCAUUUAAAGGAUGGAUAUAAAAACUAAGAAGUACGUGCAAAUGCUUUUCAUUGCAACUCCUUCUCUAGUCAUAUUAUAUAUCUGCAAUAUUAAUUGCUUAUGUAAUGAUAUAUUUAUAUGUAAACGUGCGUAUAUAUGUGUCGGUGAUGAUGACCAUUGAUCGAGAAAGAAAAGAAAGAAAGAAAGAAAAAAGAAAAGAGAAAAUACACACGUAUAUAAAGCUUACAUUCGAUCUUCGAUUUUAUGUUCUUUGUUUUUCACACUUUAAUGUUUUUAAUAAUUUUAAAUGAAAAUUUACCUAGAAAAUUAUUUUUAUAAAUUAUUAACAAAUUUCUUAUCGGGAGAGAAAAAAAAAAGAAGAAAAGAAUAGAUAAAAAACAGAAGAAUAAAAAUCACAUCUUCGUAAUCACCCCGACACAUAUUAUAAUAAUCUAUUAUAACGAUCGUGGAUAUAUAUAUAUAUAUAUAUGUAAACGAUUCGUUUGAAAAGCUUCGUCAUUUAAUUGAUAAAAAUUUUCUAUUGUGUCCCCUCUUUAUAAUCACACCGACCAAACCGAUAAAAACCGGCCUCUCAACAGAAAUUGACCUUGCUCAAAGCUUUUAUUAAACUAUCGAGAGCACUUCGUUGUGGGCCGCCUAUCGAAAUUAGAAUAGCAAAAGGAUUGGAUGCUUACCGAUUAAACCUCGACAAGCACAACCCGCUCUGCACUGGUGUCCUUUAUUACUAGCGGAAACUUCUUAAUCGAAACACUUAUUAUACAGGGUAACCUACUUUGAUCUCUCUGUCGAACAUUUCUCUGUGCUGUUAAGUCAAUGAAAAAUAAUGGAAAGGUACUUGAGAUUUUGAGGACUUAGCAAUAUAAUAUAGAAAAUGAUUAUACAUUAUAUUAUAUACGUAAGUCUAUAAAUGACUCGUCCCCACGUAUUUUUUCUUUUUUUUUUUUAUUAUUAAUAAUCUCUUAAUUAACGUUAGAAUUAAUUAAUUAAUUAAUUAACGGGAACUAUUAUCAUCUUGUCGACUUAUCCCUUUUUUGGCAUUAUGAUUUUUUACGUGUCGUUGAAUCUUUUUUUUUUGUUAAUUAUCUAACUCAUAUAUAUAUAUAUAUAUAUAUAUAUAUAUAUAUAUAUAUGAGAGUGUGUGUGUGUAUGUAAUGAUCACGUGCCUCAAAAUUCGAUUUUAAUUAUUCCAAUAAUUAUUGUACCAAAAUUAUGACCUUGUAUUAUGAAAAACAAUUUCUUAUUCACGUCUAUUUAAAAAUUUACUAUCGCGCUUUGUGAAAUCCUUUUUAUACCUUCGUACAAAAGAACCCUCCGAUUUUUUAAGCUACAUACAUACUUGAUGUAUCGCACGUUGAGAAUGACGCGGAAUUGGCUAAAGAGAUGAAAACAAAGGAAAAAGAAAAUUUUUUAAAUAAAGGAGGAAAAAGAAAAAGAAAGAAAAACAAUAGUUUAUAGAAAUUAAUUUACCGUUAGUAUGUUAAUUUAUAAGUUGAAUUUUUUAUGAGACAUGGACGAAAGUAUAUAUUUAAACGCCGAAUAUUCAAGUGCUUGUUAGCUCGAAAUAUUACGAAAAAAAAGGAAAAGAGAGAGAGGAAAAAAAAUAAGCGCGAAGUGUUGUUUAAGUAUUUCGUAUUUGCCACCCUUAUUAUUCUUCUUUUUUUUUUCUUUCUUUCUACCUACAUAUAGGGUGUUCUAAAAAGAAAAGUUUUGACCCAUAUUUCAGGAGAAAUGUCGAGAGGAUUCAAUGGAACAACGUUUUUUACCUUCAUAAAUUUCCAAGUUUUUAAAAUUGAACGAUUAAAAAAGAAGAAAAAGAAACUAAAUCGGGUUAGAUUAAAUAGAUUGUUUCACGUCGUUUGUGUUGUAAUAAAUAGAUGGAGGAUCGACUCGAAGACCUUGUAGCACAGUUAAACCAUCACUAUGAUCGCGGUCAUUGGUUCCUAUUGAAAAAUUGUUUUACGAGAUCUCCACGAUACACUCCUGAAGUAUCGGUUUAAACCUUUUGGGUCAAACUCAGUGUAGUAACGACAAAGAAAAUAAAACGGAGACGUCCGAGUGAGCACACGUGACCUCUUUUCUAUGUUUUUCUCUUUUCUUUUUUUUUUUUUUAAAUCGAAUAGAAAAAACAGAAAGAAAAAAGAAAAGAUUAUUAAUGGACGUUGACGAUUGACAAGCAACAAGAAACAAAAUAAAUAAAUAAAUCAAUCAAUAAAAAUAAAAUUAAUGAUAAUAAAAAAAAAA